UGGGAGAUAGAGCGUAGAGCGGGGUCGUGGCGGCGGCGGUGAGAAGAGGGAGGAGGAGGAGGGGGUGUCAUGGCGGGGCAGCAGUUCCAGUACGAUGACAGCGGGAACACCUUCUUCUAUUUCCUCACCUCCUUCGUGGGGCUUAUUGUGAUUCCGGCCACAUACUACCUCUGGCCCCGAGACCAGAAUGCCGAGCAAAUUCGAUUAAAGAAUAUCAGAAAAGUGUAUGGAAGAUGUAUGUGGUAUCGCUUACGGUUAUUAAAACCUCAGCCAAAUAUUAUUCCUACAGUGAAGAAAAUAGUUCUGCUUGCAGGAUGGGCAUUGCUUUUAUUCCUUACAUACAAAGUUUCCAAAACAGACCGAGAAUAUCAAGAAUACAAUCCUUAUGAAGUAUUAAAUUUGGAUCCCGGGGCAACAGUAGCAGAAAUUAAGAAACAGUAUCGUUUGUUGUCACUUAAAUAUCAUCCAGAUAAAGGAGGCGAUGAAGUCAUGUUCAUGAGGAUAGCAAAAGCUUAUGCAGCUUUAACUGAUGAAGAGUCUCGAAAAAAUUGGGAAGAAUUUGGAAAUCCAGAUGGGCCUCAAGCCACAAGCUUUGGAAUUGCCUUGCCAGCUUGGAUUGUUGACCAGAAAAAUUCAAUUUUGGUAUUACUUGUUUAUGGGUUGGCAUUUAUGGUUAUCCUUCCAGUUGUUGUGGGCUCUUGGUGGUAUCGCUCAAUACGUUAUAGUGGAGAUCAGAUUCUAAUACGCACAACGCAGAUUUAUACGUACUUUGUUUAUAAAACCCGGAAUAUGGAUAUGAAACGUCUUCUCAUGGUUUUGGCUGGAGCCUCUGAAUUUGAUCCUCAGUAUAAUAAAGAUGCCACAAGCAGACCGACGGACAAUAUUCUAAUACCACAGCUAAUCAGAGAAAUUGGCAGCAUUAAUUUAAAGAAGAAUGAGCCUCCACUUACCUGCCCAUACAGCUUGAAGGCCAGAGUUCUUUUACUGUCUCAUCUUGCUAGAAUGAAAAUUCCUGAGACACUUGAAGAAGAUCAGCAAUUUAUGCUUAAAAAGUGCCCUGCCCUACUUCAAGAAAUGGUGAAUGUAAUCUGCCAACUAAUAAUAAUGGCUCGGAGCCGUGAAGAAAGGGAGUUUCGUGCUCCAACUUUGACAUCGCUAGAAAACUGCAUGAAGCUUUCUCAGAUGGCCGUUCAAGGCCUUCAGCAGUUUAAGUCUCCCCUUCUGCAGCUCCCUCACAUUGAAGAGGACAAUCUUAGGCGGGUUUCUAAUCAUAAAAAGUACAAAAUUAAAACUAUCCAGGAUUUGGUGAGUUUAAAAGAAUCAGAUCGUCACAAUCUGCUGCACUUCCUUGAAGAUGAAAAAUAUGAAGAGGUUAUGGCUGUACUUGGGAGUUUCCCAUAUGUGACUAUGGACAUAAAAUCACAGGUAUUGGAUGAUGAAGAUAGCAACAAUAUCACAGUAGGAUCCCUAGUUACAGUGUUGGUUAAAUUGACAAGGCAAACAAUGGCAGAAGUAUUUGAAAAGGAGCAGUCCAUCUGUGCAGCAGAGGAACAGCCAGCAGAAGAAGGGGGUGAUGCUAACAAGAACAGGGCAAAAGGAGGAUGGCAACAGAAGAGUAAAGGACCGAAGAAAGCUGCUAAAUCAAAAAAAAAGAAGCCUUUAAAAAAAAAACCUACACCUGUGCCAUUACCACAGUCAAAGCAACAGAAACAAAAGCAGGCAAAUGGAGUCGUUGGAAGUGAAGCUGUAGUAAAGGAAGAUGAAGAAGAAGUAUCCGACAAAGGCAGUGAUUCUGAAGAAGAAGAAACCAAUAGAGAUUCCCAAAGUGAAAAAGAUGAUGGUAGUGACAGAGACUCUGAUAGAGAGCAAGAUGAAAAGCAAAACAAAGAUGAUGAAGCAGAAUGGCAAGAAUUACAACAGAGUAUUCAGCGAAAGGAGAGAGCUCUGCUGGAAACCAAAUCAAAGAUAACGCAUCCUGUUUAUAGUCUUUACUUUCCUGAGGAAAAACAAGAAUGGUGGUGGCUUUAUAUCGCAGACAGGAAGGAACAGACAUUGAUAUCUAUGCCAUAUCAUGUGUGUACACUAAAAGAUACUGAAGAGGUAGAAUUGAAGUUCCCUGCACCAGGCAAGCCUGGAAAUUACCAGUAUACAGUGUUUCUGAGAUCAGACUCCUAUAUGGGUUUGGAUCAGAUUAAGCCAUUGAAGUUGGAAGUUCAUGAGGCCAAGCCUGUGCCAGAGAAUCAUCCACAGUGGGAUACAGCAAUAGAGGGGGAUGAAGACCAGGAGGACAGCGAGGGCUUCGAAGAUAGCUUUGAGGAAGAAGAAGAGGAAGAGGAAGAUGAUGACUAAGCAGUACUAUGAAUGGACCACAAUAUUUGCAAAUUUUUGCUGUUUUGGAAGUGUGUAAUAAACCAGAAGCAGUGCAGAACUGAUGUUGAGGAAGGUAUUAGUUUCUUUCCUAGAAAUUAGAAAUGGAUGCAUAAUAUAACUAGGCAGUGGCGGUGCCUUGGUACAACCUGAAAAAUGCUUAAGGCUUGUUAAAGCCUUUCAAGUAUGGGAUGGUGCAUUUAUUUCUUCUGCAAACGAUAAUAAAUCCUUUGUUAUAACUGUCCAGAAGUGUGGGCUAUGUAUCAUCUGAUCAAUUUAUGGUCCCAGUAAAAGUAAAGGUACAUGAAAAACAACUUACAAAGAAGCAACUUUUCUUCAUUCAGCUUUAGUUUUGGCAAACAGUAAGGUAUGAUAAAACACCACAAAUUGUGUUUUAAGUAACAUCUGCUCAAGUUUUCAACCUCUUGAUAAACUCUAUUAUUCAUUUAUUGACAUUUUGUGGUGAUAUAAGAAUAUUUAUAACAGCUCCAUCCAUGGCUUUAAACCUUUUAUUUUUACCUGCCUUGGUCAUAAGUUGGCAUUCUCUCACAUUCCACAUAAUAUAGAGGGCUACAUUUUGGUAUUUUCCUUUUCUUAAUUGGCCAGAGUUAUCACACAGGUUAUAAAAAUGGCUUUUUAAUGGUUUAAAACAUUUUUAAUCCUCUAUUUUAGCAGACCAGUGCAAGGUUUUAUUCUUUUGAUAGGCUGUUGGUCUAAAAGUGAUCGUGGGACCAUAUGUUCUCUGAUGUUGGUGACUUAUGUUAUUAAACCUUUUUAAAAAGAUUCACUAUAAAAGCUGAAAUACAUUCUUAGCUUUUAAUCUACUUGACUCUAUCAGAAGCCUUUUAAGGGAAAUGAAACAAAACAUGCAAAGGAGGUGUUUUUUGUAUUCAUUUUGGACUCCUGUCAAUAAAAUAGAAGUUUGAUUCAUUUUA